AUGUCGAUGGCCAAUCCAGAAGAUAUUGCCCGAGCUGUGGCCGCUCUACAAUCCCAUCCUGCUCUGGCCAAUGCUGUAGCUCAAGCUCAACAAGCACAAUCGAAUGGAACCGCUUCAACGUCUGCUCAGAACGCUUCUCUGCCUCAAUACUCGGUUCCUGGACCUGUGAUGGCGGGCACGUCGAAGUACACGCAGUUGUUGGCUUUGAUUGAAGAACUAGGCAAGGAUAUUCGACCAACUUACACUGGAAACAGAAACUGUUCCGAACGGCUGAAGAGAGGACUAGUUCAUGCUCGGAUCUUGGUUAGGGAAUGUUUGGUGGAAAUCGAGAGGAACGCUGCUCGCAACCAAUAA